AUGGCCGAGUUCCCACAAGAUGUCCAGUAUUGGAAUAACUCUACUGGUUUUACUGCUCUACUCGAGUUGAAUAAGAAGUUUCUCCGAGGUGAAAUUUUAUCGUCCCCUUAUCAUUACGGCCCUAUUGAGGAGGAGACAAGUAGCUUGGUUCCUUCUUUAUUGAAGCUACAUGAACGGCAAAUCUUUACGUGGUCCAGUCAACCAUAUCUACGUGAGCGCAAGAGAGGAGACGAAGGCAAAGUUUACGACCACUGGCAACGGCCUUUUAUCUCCUUUAUUGUGGCCGAGAAAAACAAUCCGCAGAGACUCUUUCAAGAGUUGAAAAGAAAAAGAGAUAUCAAAGUUCACGCACGAAAAGCUUACUCGUCUCAAGCUGCCGUACAAGGAUCAUUCACUAGGAAAAAGAUUGUUACCAAAUAUCGACGUUCAUUUUUUUGGCGGCGAUGGAAGGUUUUUACCGCUGUUGAUCCAGCGGUAGAUCUAGCAGAGGAGGACAUCUUCUGCCUGGAAGCUAUGAAGCAAGCAGAACCAUGGGAAUUCGAGGUUGUCGCAGCUUCGUGGAAGGAUGUCGAUAUUGCAGGGAUUGUUAUAGAGGCAGUUGAUGCAGCACAGGUAUGA